GUAGUUAUCAUCCCUUAGGAAACCCUAGCGAGCGACUCUCUUCACGGCCGCCCACUUUGAGACGCAGCAUCCUUCCGCCUCCGCCUCACAUCUGGGCUCGGAGCAGCAAUGGUGGCCGUCAAGAAGGCGAAGAAAAGCACUGAGAGCAUCAACAACAGACUCGCUCUCGUGAUGAAGAGCGGGAAGUACACCCUCGGGCACAAGACCGUACUCAGAUCGCUUCGGGGCUCUAAAGCAAAAUUGAUUUUAAUCGCAAACAACUGUCCUCCACUGCGGAAAUCUGAGAUCGAGUACUAUGCAAUGUUGUCUAAGGUUGGAGUACAUCAUUUUAAUGGAAGUAAUGUUGACCUUGGAACUGCAUGCGGAAAAUAUUUUCGUGUUUGUUGCCUCAGCAUCAUGGAUCCUGGUGAUUCUGACAUCAUCAAGAGCAUGCCUGGAGAACAGUGAGAGAAGCCAGUCGAUGUAGAAAUAUUUACCUGUGUCCUCUGGUAAUAUGGUCAAUUCCUAUUGUUGUUAGAUCAAAUUUUGACUACAAAUUGUUGCAAGAUUUCAUCCCUACUUUAAUCUUCUUGACUUAUUUCUUAGUCCAUACUGUUUCUUGGCCGUCAACUCGAUAAUCUUAUUGUGAAAUGUAACUGUUCUACCAAGGUUUGGUUCA